AUGAUGAACGAAAAUUAUACGGAAUGCCGAAUAUUACCAGCCAUCAAUGAGACAUUUCCCCAGUUUAGUGCAAGACCACCAACAUUGCAACAGCACUUACAACCCCCGCCCCCUCUACCAUCACAAUUGCCACCAGUGCCACUCCUCCCACCACAUUACCAGCAACAGCAAGCCCAAAGACAAAUAGCUUCGGUAAACAAUUUGAUACUCUCCCCACUGGAUCUCUCACUAAGGGCAGGAGUUAAUAUUGUGCCCAUUACACCACCCUCAACACCAUCUCCACCCAGAAAGAGGUCGCGAUUUAUGACAGACGAACAUUAUUUGUGGCGGCCGCAUGUCAUGGGAACCACAUCGCACCAGGACGAGGCAAACAAUACGGUGAGAAGUCCACACAAUGUAGCCAAGGCAACGGAGCAUCAAAAUUACCCAACGGCGAUAAUGACCUACACAAGACGUGAGGAAUUAUCCUCCUACUCUAGCCAGCAGGCAGAAGAAUAUGAAACAUCACCGCAGCACCGCACCUUUGAGGAUAACAGGAGCAAUGUGACCACAACUAUGGAAAAUAGAGAAGAAGGAGCAGUAGAGCAAAGAAUGUCCAUUAGCAAUUUUUGCGAAAUACCAAAAAGUCAGCGAAGCGUUACAAUGACGUUAGAGGAGUAUCACAGGCAACCAUUCCCAAACCAAAGAAUGGCAACAAUUUAUGUGGACGAUGAGACUAUUGUCCUCACUGAGGAUGAGGACGAUGAAGAAGAAGAAGAAGAGGAGGAGGAUGUAGAAGGUGAAGGAGAGGCAAAACUUCAUGCUGCAGUUCACGAAAAUGAUGAGGAUGAAGAUAGAGAAGAUGCUGCUGAGGAGCUCGAAGAGGAAAAUGAAACACUUGUCAGUUCUCAGGAGCUUAACGAAGACCUAGAAUCUAAUGAGGCACAACAACAUCUUGAUUACCAUUCUCAUGCUAGGCAGCAGGCUGCGAAUUCCUUAGAAGCCACACAAGGCAACUACUCCGAGAAACCUCAAUCUGAGGAGGAUGAGGACGAUGAAGAAGAGGAAUAUGUUGACAUUCUAAGUAACGAUGACGAUGACAUAAAUCCUUUGUCCAGCAAAGCCAUCACUAUGCUGCGACUACAAAGCCAAAUGGAUUUGGAGCAGGACUUGGCCAAGACGGGCCAAGUGUUGACACGCAACAAAUUGGUCUACGAAAAUGAAGAAUUACACAAUCGUGCUGUUGAUGGCCUGGCCAAAUUAUUCGAUAGAGAUUUUCCGGAAAAUACCAACAAAGAGAAAACCUACAUCGACUUGACAAAUUGCCCAAAGACCAGCGAAAAUCCUGCGUAUGUGGAACGCACAAAUGAACCCAAGGAGAUAAUGAUAACCUCCUCCCAUGUACCUACAGCGUCCAAUACCAACAACAACGUUCACACUCGUCCCCCCUAUAAGCCGCACAAAACAGAACGUAAGCGGAUGAAACUACGCAAGCACAUGUCCUUGGAUGAGGAGACCAUAAGUCCGGUUUCUGGCACCAUCAUACGCAAGUUACGCGAUGACGAGGAGCUGGUUGUCCGCAAAGGUGACAUUGAUCCAGCUUUCAAUGUUGUCGAAGUCACCGAGGAGGCAAAAGCGAUUUUGGCCAGUAUUGAUAAUAAGAUUGGAGCAUAUUUGUGCCAACUGUGUCGCACGCUGUACGACGAUGCUUUCAAGUUGGCUCAACAUCGAUGUCCUCGCAUUGUUCACAUUGAAUAUAAAUGUUCGGAGUGUGAAAAGGUUUUCAAUUGUCCAGCAAAUUUGGCUUCCCAUCGUCGUUGGCAUAAACCCAAAUCAGAACUUUUGGCAAACAGCCAGGCCAAGAAAAGACAACACCCAGAACGAAUUCCUGCACCACCAAGACAUUCACCAGAUAAAAAUGUGACAGACGAUGGAAUGGAUGGCAUAUAUCCCUGCAAUCAAUGUGGUAAAACAUUUCGAAGGCAAGCCUAUUUAAAGAAACAUCAGGCUUCACAUCAAAUGUUGGAAAAUCUUAAAUCCUUGGAUAUUUUCAAAAAUUCCAACAACAAUGGCAGUGGUCAGCUUACAACAAAUGGGGCAUCCCAUUUGAAUUCCACACUUCACCCAACGGCCAACAGAAUGUCAGCAAAUCCCAUUUACCCACCUAUGUUACAAGCACGGCCAUAUCAUACAGCACGCUUUGGAGCAUUUCCAUUUGGUGCACCAUUCGAUCACAGACGUUUCUAUACACUGGGAGAAUUCUACUUGUCUCAGCAGCUGGAACGUUCCUCGGCCUUUCAAUAUGUUCAGGCUAAUCAUUUGCGUAAUCUAAGCAAUGCUGCCGCUGGUAACUUUGCCGCAAAUCGUCCAGUGGUGCCUUCUCCCAUUAUACCGCUGCCAGUGAAAUGACAAAAUAUUCUACGUCCGGUGCCCAGAAUAGCGGCAGCAGUUACAUCAACCAUUACUGCGACCACCACCAUAAGUCAGGAGUUGACAGCAGGGCCCACGAUAAAUCCUGCAGCUGCUCCAGGGCUACCUCAUGCCAGUCCUUCAAACUUAUCCUCGCCCACAAAGCCAUUCUCAUCUAUGUCAUCACUUGGCUAUAAUUGUAAUAAUUCCAAUUCUCGAACCGAUUAUAAUGAUGUAUAAAAAAAGUGAAAUGGAGAUAUUUUUUUUCUGUCUGUACGAAUGUGUGUAGUUAAGGUCACUUUAUUUAAAAUAAUUAUUGUUAGCCAAAUAUUUGAAAAAUUUACAA